UCAGGAAGUAAAGCCCUGCUGUCAACAGAUUUCUGACACAUUAGAACUUGCGCUUCGCAGGAGUAAUCUCAUCAUGAGUAGAGUCUGCUUCAUCCUCAGUGCUGCUCUUUUUGUGUUAGAAAUUCCAGAGACCAAGGCGCUGCUAGAAAAUUCCAAUGACUGUUGUGAAAGAAUAAAGAAGAUGAAUGAAACCUGUGUGAAUAUUACACUCUGUGAUCCUGGGCUCCUUCAAGUUCAGGAGAACAGUACAACGUUUUGUGUGUCCUGUGACUCAACAGAGCAGGGGAAUUCAACUUUGCUUAACAAUACAAGAGGUUCAAUUCUAGUACCUUUAUUCAAAGUGAUUGGUGGUCCAGGUGUUGCAGCUUCUGUCCUUCUAGGAACUCUACUGAUCAGCCUGGGUCUCAUCCUCUCGGUUGCAUCUUUCUUUUACCUUAAGCGUUCCAAUCGCCUCCCUGGUGUCUUCUACAGGCGCAACAAGGCUUUUAUAUUCCAACCAAGUGAGACGGCUGUCAUGAUUCCUGAAGCUACGUCUUCAGUUCGCAAGCCGAGAUAUGUCAGGAGGGAAAGGCCGUCAGCAACGUCAGCAACAUCAGCGUCCAGCAGUGCUACUGUGGCAACAGGGGCAGUAACCAAGGUAUACAAUGUGUAACCAGCCUUCAAGAGCCAGCUAUGAAUCCCCUAUUAAAACGUGGGUCUGUCCUAUAGCACUGUUUUCUUAUAGGAUUUACGUUUUUUGGUGAAACUUUCCUUUGUAGGCUACAUGAAGAAGUGGUAUGCCUUGAUAUAGGCUUUAUCUUGGAAACAGUUUCUUUCUUUUCUUUUCACUGAAGCCAGUUAUUUAUUUCUAUUUAUAUAUUUUUCACACAAUACGUUGUUCCUUUUUGUUUUUUUGUUUUUUUUUUUUUUUUUUUAAAGAGACCAGGUGUUGCACUACUAGAGUAUUUUUGAUUGUGAAGCUAUAAUUCAGUCUAGUAACUUGUUUUUUCAAUGAAUUUUGUAAUGUUGAUAUUUAUUACCAGUAUUUUUGUGUGAUUAUUGUACUUUUGAAUCUUGUGACAUUGCAACUAGGAUCCAAAACAAGACUUCCACAGUUAGUCAUAUUUGCACACAACCUACUCCUCAAACCUCCUCAAGUUAAAAAAAAAAAAUACAUAUUUACCAUUUGGUUAAAAUCAUUGUUUUCUACCUGUAUACACCAAUAAUAUAUUUUCUAUUAAUCCUAUACCAUCUCCACAAAUUCCGUUAGCACUUAUUAAUGCCAUAUUCAUAAUGCUGGAAAAUACUAUGUUAACAGCAUAUUCAUGUUCUAUUAACAAGUGUGCAUGACAUAGCCACCUGUUAACAAUGGCACAUUCCUCACUAUAUUCAAGAUAAAAUGUUCUGGCUUGCACCAAAGGUUUUCCCAGGUAAAUAAUGAUCAGUUCAAAUUUGCUAGGCCUUAAAGUUGCAAAUUUGCUGUUAAUACACAAUAUAUAUAUAUAUAAGUUGUGAAAAACUGUUGCCAAACACUGAGUUACCUAUUUAUCCCAUCUUUCCAUUGUGUAAGACAAAGUGCCAUUAAAUGAAUGUCUAAUGAAUGAAGACCUAUAGUCACCAUUUUUGAUUUUGUACAUUUUAUACAAAAUUAGAAUGUAGAAUUAUGAAAGAACUUUAAAAACAAACAAAAUGCUUGAUAUCAUUGUAGUGUUACAAAAAGAGUGAUACACUGGUAUUUCUAUAAAAGGACCGGAGAAGUCAGUUACUUUUUAAUUUUACUUUAUUUUGUAGAUGUUUAUUGCAAAUAGUGGCCUUUAAAAUGCCAUAUAAUCCCCUAUGCCUAUAUGUAUUUAUGAUUUUCUGUGUAGUUUUAGGUUUUCUUAUUUGUAAUAAUGGUUUUGUUUAUUUAAAGAAUUAUUUUGAUUUUUCUACACAUUUUCUACUUCAUUUUAGGAAGGGUGUUUGAACAUUGUUUUGUAACGUUUAAAAUCCUUAGUAUGCUGGAUUAAGCAAAAGCUACAAAUGUUUACGUAAGGUGAAGGUAAUGAUGUGGUUUGAUGGCGAUACUGAUUCUAGAAUAUAACCACUUAAAUUCAACUUAUUUCUUAUGUCAUUUUAUUGGCUGUUGUGCAGCGACUGGAAAGCAUGUUAAUAGAUUUUGUAUAUGAAUUAUGUUUAGAUGGAUGUUGAUGAUGAAUUUUUUUUGUAUGUUGAUGUCCUAACAGAGUGAGUGUUGAUCACAUAUUGAAUCAUAUUUGAUGAAGAUUUCAGUGUUUACAGAAAUAAAAGAUAUUUUGAUUUAUGAGAAACAAUUUAUGUAUGUGUUUUUUUUUUUAAACUUUACAUCAUAUGGCAAAAUAUAAUAUAAAAGGUAAUGCAAAGAGAUUCAGUGC